AUGUGGUUGACUGUGAUCGCCAUAUAUUCUCACAAGACUUUCAGAAUCAAGCGAUUCCUGGCCAGGAAACAAAAGCAGAAUCGUCCCAUUCCCCAGUGGAUUCGGAUGAAAACUGGUAAUAAAAUCAGGUACAACUCCAAGAGGAGGCACUGGAGAAGAACCAAGCUGGGUCUAUGA